AGUGAAUGGGAGAAUGGAUUCUCUGUCUAACUUUUCCUACCUUCAAUAACCAGUAUGAUAUUGUACUGCAAGUCUCAUUCGACCAUGUUCUCUUCACCGAAUCGCCAUUCGAGUCAGACGGCUCCCUUUAAUCCGUACAACUACGGAUCUUCGUGCCCCAGUCAGGCGCAAACGGUGCAUUACAGUGCUUCGCAAAUAUCUCCCGCGUCGGACUUGCAAGACCAGACCUAUCAACAGAAUAACGUUUCGUGGCAUACCGCACCCGUUUAUCCGGUCUCCACAUGCGGAAGAUCGACGGCUUUCGACGACUGGGGGCAAGCUCAAGGCUCCCCCCUUUCGGCUAGUCCUUGUUCUCACGUGCAAAACAAUAACCAGAACCUGGGUUUAGCUCCGGGUACUAGUCAACCGUUUUACGGACAAACUUUCCAGCAGUACAGGCAACUGAAUACAUCUCCGGUGGCCGAUUACGGGGCUGCCGGUCACGUGAUUUCGGACAUGGGCCACCAUCCCAGUCCCGACACUACUCUGACUGUCUCUAGCGAUCCCGAGUCUCCCAACGUCAUCUCGGUCAGCACGGCCUCCGUCAGACCUCAACCGGCCAGAAGUCCCUACGAAUGGAUGAAAAAACCCUCUUACCAAAAUCAGCAAAAUCCCGGUAAAACCAGAACGAAAGAUAAAUACAGGGUGGUUUAUACGGAUCAUCAGCGAUUGGAAUUGGAAAAGGAGUUCCAUUACAGUCGCUACAUCACAAUACGAAGAAAAUCGGAACUUGCCUCCAUGUUAGGUUUAUCGGAACGACAAGUUAAAAUCUGGUUCCAGAACAGAAGAGCCAAAGAGAGGAAACAAGCCAAAAAACGGGAGGAGAUCAUGCAGAAGGAAAAAGACCAAGUUCAUCAAAUUCACGCGGCUAACACGCUAGCCGCCAUGAGUAAAUCUCUUAUCAAUCUAGAAACCGGACAGUGUUCCUAAAAACCACCGCCGAGAUCGCCCCUUGUGUGACGUCACGAUAACUAGUCACGUGUUUGGAGGAAAGAUAGACUACCGUUUUUCUAUUAGAAGUGAAAUAUGUUUAUUGCAGGCUGUGUAUGGAAAUUUCGUUGUUGAUAUCGCUAGUAAUUAUAUCUAUCCAAAUAUAUAUAUAUAUAUAUUGUUAAUACAACGAUUCGGUUCUUUAUCGUAGCCACCAUCCUACGCGAAAAUAUAAUUAUGUAACGUGUUCAUUUAUCGUCACCGAAGGCUAAAAAUUUGGUCUACUCGACAUUAACUCCGAUUACAUCUAACGCUUUAUAAACAGAAGAUUAAAUAUUCGCAAUCUUUUAUGCUAAUAUAUUCAAUUUAAAUGGCUCCUGUGAGUUGUGAAAAUGAUCCCAACGAGUUUUUCUCGGCGUAUUUACAACCGUUAAUAAGUGUACACUACUCCACAUACGCGUGAAGUACAGUACGUGAUUAGGUAUUAAAUACAGUACCUAACACGCGUGUGAUUACGUACCGUACCUCACAUACGAGGAGGCCGACGGGCUUAUUUUCCAGGCAAUUUGUAUAAUUCAUUACACACGGAAGCGUAUAAAAUGCGACUCCUAGGUAUAACAAUGGUAAUACAAACUACAAUAUGUUUAAUUCCCCAAGCGCCAAAUUCUAUUAUUUGGAAGUUAAAUUAGUUUGAAUUUUUACUGGAUAUCGACUUAAAACAUUUCCAUGCACAGAAUAUUUGUCAAAGUGAGCAAUCCGCUGUUUGUGUAAAAUAAAAAUUCCCAUAUUACAAAUUUGUAAUCAUUUGCUUAGACAAAUGAGAUUAUAAAAAAAAAAAGAAGAAUUUCAUCCGUGCACACGUCUAUUAAUGUUAAGAUUAAUUACAUACAACAUCCCGUUUAUCACGAAAUCAUUUAAAUUCGCUGGUUGUAUUCUAUAAUCUAUACAUAAAACAAUGCAAAUAGAAGAUAAUUUUCAACUAGUACCUUAGGUUUGUUUAGAUUUUAAACUAAAAACAAAGGAUGAACAAUGAGGGAACUUAAUACAAUAAUCUUGAACGACAAAGGAGAUAAAAUUACGAAAAAUAUUUUAAUAUCGGAUGAAAAAUCACAUUUAAAUCUUCUAUUUCGAGAUUACUCUUUUGAUUUUCUUCCUUUUCUAUCGAGUUCUCUGUGUGUUCAUCUUGCGUAUCGACCGAAUGACGUUCUUAGCCAUUUGACUAACCUAAAAUAAGUUAAAACGAAAAUCUUCUGGUCGUAAACCAAACCUUAUUGAAUUUUAAUCUAAAAUUGUGCCAUUAAAUUUGUAUUAUCGAAGAGAAAUGAGUAAAAUCAGUGGUUCCAUCGAAAUUAUAUCGAAUCUAACGUUACACCAUUGUAAAAUAGUUAUCCUAUUUGUAACAAAAGACGAAUUUAGAUCCCGGGUUCGGGUUCCUACAUCUAUAGAUUCGAUAACAGAACUUAAUAAUAUGCUGUAACGAGCGUAAGAAAUCCAAUUCGGAUUGAAUGUAAUUAAGUUAACUAGAAAUAACUCGUUCAUUCAUGUAUAUAAUUCGUGUUUAUUGUUUCCUCCAUUUGGACGAGUUGUUUCCAUGUACGAGUCAAUUUUAUUUCAAAAUAUUGCCGUAUAAUUUAAAAAAAACAACCUUAUAUAUUUAUUCUUGUAUAAGAAACGUCUCUAAUAUGAGACAUUUCUUAUACAAGAACCGAUAGAUAUAACCAUAUUAUAGUCUUAUAUAUUUAAAAUUUACAGUAAAAUAUUUCAUUUUCUAUACACGAAUACAGAACUAAACACAUCGCACUAGUAACUACCGUAGAUUAACGUUAUUUUGUAUUAAUGGAAACGUUGUAACGGCUAAAAAAAAACAAUUCCUUAAAAUGAUCGGUUUUAACCAGAAUUGAACCCCUGUACAAUAUUGUGCAUUGUUUUUAAAAAUAAAAAUUGUUGUAACAAUCUAAUUCGGGUAUUAUUAUUACUUCAUUCAGAAUUUCAUUCGCAUUUUACAAUUUUAU